AUGGUGGGACUUGGAACCGGACCCCGGCCGCGAGCCUACGGGGAGAGUGAGGCCCCUGAUGCUGGUGGGGUGCAGGUCUGGCCCAGCACUGCAGAGCCCUUGGGGAGGCCAGUGGUGAUGGUGGUCCCAGCUAUGGGGCUGGCGGAGGGCAGCAGCCCCCUGGAGCCAUCAGGGCCUGCACCAUGGCGAGGCGAGGUGGUGGUGGCCCCCACAGGACAUGAGGGCCAGUGCCCAGCCAUCGGUGGGAGCAUCCCCGCCGUCAUCGUCACGGACCUGGGGGGCCCGGAGGAGGAGGCGGGCGCCGUGCCCCCCGGCAGCCUGCCCGUCCGGAAGCUGUCGUCGUCCUCUGCCUCUUCCACUGGCUUCUCCUCAUCCUGGGAGGAGUCCGAGGAGGACAUCUCCAGCGACCCUGAGCGCACCCUGGACCAGACACCGGCCUUCCUGCAGACCCUGGACCAGCAGAAGCCCCGAGUGUUCCUCCUGGUGUCCCCGGGAAGCGGGCAGAUCCCUCCAGCUGGCACGGACUCGUCCUCCAUUUGUACGUCAGCUGUCCUCCGCUUGCGACACUCACGUUGCGGCCGGGCAAAGGCCGGUUCAAGCUGCAAAGUGGAGGCAAUGCCAGCAAACCAGCGCCCGGAGGAGGCCGGGCAGAGCCGGGAUGGCGGCGCGCAGCUGCGUGGGAGCAAAUCAUGGCGGAAGAUCAAGAAUAUGGUGCACUGGUCCCCAUUUGUGAUGUCUUUCAAGAAGAAGUACCCUUGGAUCCAGCUAGCGGGACACGCAGGUAGUUUCAAGGCAGCAGCCAACGGCAGGAUACUGAAAAAGCACUGUGAAUCGGAGCAGCGCUGCCUUGAUCGCCUGAUGAAUGAUGUCCUGAAGCCCUAUGUUCCUGCCUACCACGGCGAUGUUGUGAAGGAUGGGGAGCGAUACAACCAGAUGGAAGAUCUGCUGGCUGAAUUUGACUCCCCCUGCGUUAUGGACUGCAAAAUGGGGGUCAGGACGUACUUGGAGGAGGAGCUGAUAAAGGCCCGGAAGAAGCCGAGCCUGAGGAAGGACAUGUACCAGAAGAUGAUUGAGGUGGACCCCAACGCCCCCACUGAGGAGGAGAACGUGCUGCGGGCAGUAACCAAGCCCCGCUACAUGCAGUGGAGGGAGACCAUCAGCUCGACUGCCACGCUGGGCUUCAGGAUCGAGGGGAUAAAGAAAGAGGACGGCACUGUGAACCGGGACUUCAAGAAGACGCGGACAAAGGAACAAGUCACGGAGGCCUUCAGGGAGUUCACCAGAGGAAACCGCAACAUUUUGAACAGUUACCUUAACCGGUUGAAGGGUAUCCGCGCUACCCUGGAGACAUCCCCGUUCUUCAAGUGCCAUGAGGUGAUCGGGAGCUCCCUCCUCUUCAUUCAUGACAAGAAGGAACAGGCCAAAGUCUGGAUGAUUGACUUUGGGAAAACCACCCCGCUGCCGGAGGGACAAGUUCUCCAGCACAAUGUGCCCUGGGUGGAAGGGAACAGAGAGGACGGCUACCUCUGGGGGCUGGACAACCUCAUUCAGAUCCUGACGGAGUUGUCCCAGAGCGAAGACUUGCAUUAAAGCCGCGUGUCCGACUCUGCCACUACCCCCAACCUGUCCCCGACUGACUCUUCUGAACUGCACUACAAGACACUUUCCAGCCCUCGCCCUUCCUUCCCAUUUGAAAGCUAUACUCUCCCUA